AUGCUGCAACGCUUCACCCAACCCUCCACCGUCGCACCGUCGUUGUCGCGUGCACGCGCGUGGCGCUCCAUCCAACGGCGCUCGCGUUCCAGGCUCACCUACUUUGACAUCCGCGGCCUCGCUGAGAACUCCCGUUUGAUCUUGGCUGCGGCGGGCCAGAGCUACGAGGAUGUGCGCUUGAGCUUCAGCUUCGGCACGCCCGGGGACUUCAGCACCAUCAAGCGCCCUGAGUUUGAUGCGAUGAAGGCGGCGGGACAGUUGGACUCCUCUUUGGGCAAAGUGCCUCUUUUGGAGGUGGAUGGGGCCAAGAUCGGCCAGUCCAAAGCCAUCGAGCGCUUUUUGGCCAAGGAGUUGGGCAUGAUGGGCAGCAACAGCGUCGAGGCCGCGCAAGUGGAUCAGCUGGGCGAGACGGUGCGUGACAUCAAGGACGCCUACCAGAAGGUCCGCGGCCUUCAAGAUGAGGAGGCCAAGAAGGCUGGUAUGGACAAGUGGUUUGCCGAGGACUUGCCUAACUGGUGCGCACUGGCAGAGAAGUCGCUUCCUCCUGGACCAGGACCUUUCUUGGUGGGUGGCAAGGUUUCGCUCGCCGAUAUCUUGUUCUACACCUUGCUUCUUGCUCCAGGCCGCUUCCGGCUUCCAUAA